AUGUCACGCUCAGCUGCCAAAUAUCGCGACAAGAGUCGUGCUGCCAGCUUGGUUCUGGCACCUGCUCUUCCUCGCCCUGCCUUGGUCCAGAAUGUGGAGACAGUGGACAUUGUCCCAGGUCGCCUCACGGAAGCCGCCUGGGUCACCAUGAAAACACAGGACAACGGGGAGGAGGUGGUGGCGGAGAUCAUGGGAGAGCUGGAGGCUGCAGUGAUGGACAGGUGCUAUCAGGUGUACCUGCAAAAACAGCUGGUGCCAUUCACAGUGACCCGGGCCUAUGAAAGCCUGGUGCAGAUGUCUGACUGGCUGUUCCUGGCGAGGGAUGAGGGUGAGGGGCCAGAGAGUGCCACCUUGUGGGGGGAGGACACAGAGCCUGAACCCUGUAAGAGCGACUCAUGGGCAGAGGGCUGUGUUCCUGUCCGGUACACCAGUGUGAGCUCACACACACCUCUUUUGCAGAAGUUGCUGGAUUUGCACCUGGCAGAGUCUGCUGAUCCAUGGGACUCAGAUACACAGAGCAAGCCCCAGUCUCCCAGUAGACAGGACAGCAAGCCCCAGUCUCCCAGUAGACAGGACAGCAAGCCCCAGUCUCCCAGUAGACAGGACAGCAAACCCCAGUCUCCCAGUAGACAUGACAGCAAAUCCCAUUCUCUCAGUAGACAGGACAGCAAGCCCCAGUCUCCCAGUAGACAGGACAGCAAGCCCAAGUCUCCCAGUAGACAGGAGAGCAAGCUCCAGUCACCUACUAAGCCAGAGCCUCCAGACAGAGAGAGAACAGUCCUAGCAAAAAAAGGAAUAGUGGAUUCAACUGAACCUGAGAAGCCAGACAAGGCAGAGAAGAUAGAACAAGAGGAAGUCCAACCCUCACCUUACCUCACUGUAGCCACCUAUAAAGCCCAUAGGAGGAGACAGUCUCAGACCCAACCAGGCGCACACAAGGCCCUACCACCACCUCUGAAGACCUACAAACCCUUAUUCACCCCUAGUGGACCAGCCCAGCAAUACCAGAGCCUCUCUAUACCCCAACUUCAGGGGCAUAGACCACGAGAGGUCCCAGUCCCUAGGAGACUGGACCCCGCUAGACUACCACAACACCAUGUCUGGCCCGAGGUGGAGGUCCUGGAGCCUCGGCCCUCACACCGCUCAAAGGAGAGAAUAGGGCCCAAAAACAGGGCCCCCCUCCGGCCCAAUCAGGACCAUCACAGCAUGGCACGCCGAGCCACCAUCACCCCCCUGACUGCCCACAUCCACCAGGCUUUACCCAGCAAGACCCGGAAGAAGAGUCUCCACCAUGGUGUCCAGCUACAGAGGCAUGUGCUCCGAGGCGGUACCCAGCCAAGGACCUCAACUGUGGGCUACACUCUGGUCUCCACUGGCCUCGAUCUGGAUACCAUUGAGCUGGUGCCAGGAGUGGUCAUUGGGAACCCAGUAUGUGGGACUGGGGAAAACAAGCCGUUCUGGGUUUCCCGUCUGCCUGAGCUGAUGCCCAUCAGAAGCAGCCUCCCGGCCAUGUUGUGGUCCUUGGAUCAGGUGGUGGGGGGGCAGAGCCCUCGAGUCAGUGCCCCCACUGGGAAACACUGGUCAUGAGGUGCGAUAGGAACCACUGCUGUCUCAAUCACACUGCAGCCUAAUAGACUGUCAUUUGAUGAAUAGGUGCUGAUUUGCUUUUAUUUAAUUUAAGCUAUUCCAGCAUGUAUAAGCCCUCUUCCAAAUGUUGUGGUUGUUUAAGGAAGGACACCCAGCAUCUAAACCUAUUUAAAUCAGGGACUGUACUUGAGUUUGUGUAUUUAUUUUGAUGCUUUUCUUCUGUGAGAUAGUGCUCCCAUGUUUUGUCAGAUGAACUUGAACCUCUACCUCCCAUGUAUUGUUACAUUGUUACAUAGUUACAUAACAACACAGUGAUAUUGUUACAUGAUUGUUACUGAUCACCUGUUUGUUUUCAGCUUUGCCUUGUUCAUAGAUGUCCUGAGGUUUGAUGUUAAUGCAGUUCAAUACUUGACCCCAUGAUGGCAGUGCGGAUCAUAUUGUAACAUUUGUCAUCAUAAUGCUGUGCAAAUUCAGGAGUUGUUUGCUAGGGUGCACCAAGAAUAUGCGACAACAACAGACGACCAAGGAAAAUACAUUAAACACCAUUGUUCAGGUCUAGCUCAACGCUUCAUACACUUACUUUUUUUUAGACAUAUAUUAUCUUUUGUAAUGACAUUAAUUCUCACCACCAAAAACUUGAGUCUUAUCAACCAUUGAGAAGAGUAUUUAAAAAAACAUCUAUGACUAGUAUCCCAUUUGGGCAAUUAUUCUAUGUUGAGUUCCUGCAUAGUGAUAAGGGCACUGUUUUUAUGUUUUUACUGCAAGCAAUACUAAAAUAUCCCCCAGCUAAUUUUGCACUGUAUGCAUGAAUUGUUUACAGACCAGCACACCAGGUACCGUAUGUGGCACCUCAACAUUAAGAUCUUACUUUUACUAUAUAGUACUUAUAUUUUGGAUAAUUUAUGUAAUAUUGAUGUAUUAUGUAUAUGGUUCUGUACAUUCUGGCUAACAUUUCAAGCAUAAUAAGAGUUGGACAUAGGCAUCAGAGGGCCCAAGCUAAUUGACAUGUGCCAUCAAAUCAAAAUCUAAUCAAAUGUAAAGCAUUCAUGAAGCCCUCAUAUAGGCUUCAUAAGCCCUGCAUAAAUGGGUCACCAAUCACCUAUAACCGUAUUUAAUGCUCUAUAAAAUAUUAAUAAAUGUGGUCAAAUAAAUUGAUGGUUAUGUCCCAAAGUUAUGCCACAUUAUGAAUUUUUAUAGAGCAUGAUAUACAGUUAUAGAUGAUUUUUGAAGCAUCUAUGUAGUGCUUAUGAAGCCUAUAUGAAGCCUUCAUAAGAUGCACUUCAAAUAAUGCGGGACCCACAAUCUCUAUACGGCUUAUGCCAAGAUAUAAUGUAUGAGGCAAAACCAAAUACACAGGCUAUAUGAAGCCCUUUUUACAUCAGCAGUUGUCACAAAGUUCUUAUAAGUUGUGUAAUCAGUUCCAUUGUGGACUCCACAGAGUUUUAUAGAGGGCUGUGUGUCAUUCUCUAAAAGCACUCUUGCCAGCUGGCACAUAUUGAGAAAAUAGCUCAUAGAUUCAUAGAUGUGGAACUUUUCAUGCAAAUACUGUAUAACCCAUUGGAAAAUAGCCUGUUUGUGGAUGAGCCUUAUGCAUGCAUAGUAGAGUAACAUACUAUAUCAUGACUAGUUUGGCUAAGAUAAACUGAUCAUUAUAAUAUUAUCCCAAAUAGGCAAGGUUGUGGGCGAUGCAUUGGUCAGGGUUUUGUGUAUCAGUAAUUUUUCUAUAUUUUAUACAAGCAGUAGAUAUUUUAUUUUAAAUGACCCAAUCCCCAUCCAGUAAGAGGAUUUAAUAUGCCUGGUUUAUAUCCAAUGUAUUAUCAACAUGUAAAACGUUAAGUACCAUGUGUGAUGAUUUACUGCAUAUCCUGGCUCUCACAGUACUCCACAUAGCAUGAACGCCAUGGUGAUGAUUACAGCUUCAGUUCUUCUGCUGGCUUCUUAGUUUAACUAUAGUAACAAUCAUCCAUCUUAACUACAUUUUCAUCUCAUUGUGGAAAAAGAAUAUUAAUGUACUUGACUAUAUUGAUUAAGUUUCAUGUAACACCACGCCAACAAUAAGAUGAGAUGAAAGUUUGGUUACACUUUACUUACAGAUUGCAGGUAUAAUGUAUCUAUAAUGCAUGGUCAAACUUGCCAAUAAUGUUUUAUUAUCCUUUCAGAAGUCUCUCUUCAGUAACAUUGCAUUACCCCCUACCCACAGUGGCCAGCUCUGGUUAUGCAGUUUCAGCACCCCUUUUCUAGUAGUUUAUUGUAUUUGCCCAGCACCCCUUAUUUCUCAUUGUAGUGGUACCUCCAAGUCACUCCACUUUUACCAGCAAGUCAUAGUUCACCAUUAUGGAGCCAGAUACCUGCCAAAAGGUUACCUCAUGCUAAUCACAUUAGUCUACGUUAGCUCAACCGUCCCGCAGGGGGACACAUUUAGGCCGUAGAGGUUAAUUUAGGCCUAUCCAAAUAAAAAAUAGAACAUCAACUUUCAGGCAUUGCAAUUUAGGCUAUCAUUUUGGGCACUGGUGUCUUGUGGAAUAAUUUUAGAACUCUAUUUGUGUUUUAUAGCUGUUUUUAUUAUAGGACUCCCUUUAAAAAGAAACCCUAGCUCGCAGGUCUCUAAAUAUAGUCUCUAAAUACAUUUUAAACAAAAUAGUUGAAGAAGCACAUGCAGUGGCUGAAAGGGAAAACAGAUCUGGCAAUAAGAAUAGGUUAGAUAGUCUUGACCAUUUGGGACCCCUUGGCUAUUUUGCUCAGGACAGGUUAAAGCCAAGACUUAAUCAAUAUUUUGUUUUGUCUUAUUUAUAAAUUAUUUAUGCAAUUAUAUGGCCAUUAAAUAACACAGAACAGCAUGGCAUAUUUAAAUAGCGGAAUAUGCCUAAAUCAGAUUUAUUUUGCAGCUUAGGUCGUUAUUCUAGACAAGGCUCUUCUGUGUCUUUAUCAUUCUCACACAAGUCAUUUUCUGAAGGCCCAAGCUUAUACUACGUCAUCUAUUGGUAUAAUGUCGCUAUUGAAUGCAUUUUUAAAACAAGCUCUAGACAUUUACAUUUACAUUUAUAUUCAUUUGGAAAUGAAUCCGGAAGCUGCAAUGCAACUCUAACGCCUGGGCUAGAGUUGCUUGAUUGACUAGCUAACUUCGACUAGCUGCGUUCGGUUCAUGUCCUUUGCAGAUGCCACAUUACUGACAAAAGUUUGUACGCAUAAAAAAAUCUGUAACCGAGUAAAGGGAGACGUAAAGUAAGAAUUGAUUGUGUAAAUGGUCAUUUAUAGUCGUAACAUAGGGUUUGUACGUUUACAGAUUUAUGUUAACGUUUCAUGCAUGGCCUUUCUUACAAUCCUAACAAUUUACGUAUGUAUUUUCUUAUGAUCUUAACGAUAUGUAUGUGUAACCGAUGUGAAAUGGCUAGCUAGUUAGCGGUGGUGCGCGCUAAUAGCAUUUCAAUUGGUGACGUCACUUGCUCUGAGACCUUGAAGUAGUUGUUCCCCUUGCUCUGCAAGGGCCUCAGCUUUUGUGGAGCGAUGGGUAACGAUGCUUCGUGGGUGUCAGUUGUCUAUGUGUGCAGAGGGUCCCUGGUUCGAGCCCGGGUCGGGGCGAGGGGACGGACGAAAGCUAUACUGUUACAUAUGUUCAACCUUUUGGCAGGUAGUUGGCUCAAUACACCAUUCCCUGAGCACGUCACUAAACCCCACUCCUGUCAUCAGAAUGAGAUCAAGGUCAGAAGAGAAUGGACUCGCUGGACUAUUCCUCAUGUUUAUUGUAUUUGACCAGUGUUUAGUGCCUGCAUCUAAUUGUACGUACUGCCCAACAUGUCAUUACUUUAGUUAGGUGUUGCUAAGGCAGUCAAGUUAUUAUUUACCAUGUUUAUAAGUUAUUUUCCUUUUCCAUGUGUGUCAUGCUAUUUCCAGCCUGCUAGCCAAGAAGUUAGUCAGUCAGGCUAGCUCAUUUAUGCUGUGUGCCACAUGCCUCAUUUAGGAUAUGCAUAUUCUUCUGUUAAUACUGUUUGGUUAUAAACAUAUUUUCAUUAAUAGCAAUGUUUAUGGACAUUGACAACCUUUAUUUAUCCUCAUGCUACCUUGUACUGUAUUUAGCCCUAUGUAGCAUGUAGCCUAAUAUAGCCCGUGCCUUCCUUGUGGGACAGUUACUAUUCCACGUUGGUCGUGGUCUUGUGCACAUGCACAGACGUCGGUUACAUUCCAGUAUGUUUUCAGUUAUUAUGGUUAGCAGUAUUUGGGUCUUUAUCCUGUAAGUGGGUAAUUAUAUAGCCUGUGUAUUUGGUUUUGCCUCAUACAUUAUAUCUUGGCAUAAGACGUAUAGAGAUUGUGGGUCCCGCAUUAUUUGAAGUGCAUCUUAUGAAGGCUUCAUAUAGGCUUCAUAAGCACUACAUAGAUGCUUCAAAAAUCAUCUAUAACUGUAUAUCAUGCUCUAUAAAAAUUCAUAAUGUGGCAUAACUUUGGGACAAAACCAUCAAUUUAUUUGACCACAUUUAUUAAUAUUUGAUAGAGCAUUAAAUACGGUUAUAGGUGAUUGGUGACCCAUUUAUGCAGGGCUUAUGAAGCCUAUAUGAAUGCUUUAUGAAGCCUUUAGGGCUGGGUAUAUAUGCAUUUUAUUAUUUGUAUUGUAGAUACUAGCAUGUAUACCUCAACAGUCUACUGGGUCUGUAUAUUGUAUGUAAACCUUUACUUAUGGUUAUUAUUUUCUUGUAUCGUUCCAUAGAAACUCUUUUAUACACAUUCUUACUGUGAGCCAUCAUUACAGAGGAGUGUGGUGUGGUGAACCUUUAUCUUGAAUAAACCUGUCUGAAGAUAUCUUGGACCUCUUGCCAGACAGACCUCUGGUGGCUGAACCCUGUCUAUUGGCACCUAAUAGCUCUCUACUAGUUCCCGUUCUACAUGGUCCUCUCGGAUCAGCGCCUUAAUAUUUUUCAUGGUCCAUUGAGCCGGAUAUCAUCACUAACACAGCCCAAGAUGUCUCAGAGCUACGCAGAGUCCAGGUAUUGGUCACCACCCACAUCAUCAGAGUCUUCUCUCCCUGAACGAAGACGAGCAGACAAGCCUCAAGACACGACAUGCCAUUUCCCCUCCACUGGUCACGAUAACCAGUGGGCAGAAUAUUGGUUGCAUCCUAUCAGGGAGAGGACCUCACCUUGGGAGACCCUUCUGACGUCCCCGUGGGGGACCCUCCAGACUUGCAUGUGGGGGACCCUCCGAUAGUCCCUGUGGGGGACCCUCCUGAUCGAGCUGUCCAGUGUCCUGUAGUAGGAGACACCUCACUCUCUGCACUACUAGAUCCUCAGUCUAUAGCCCCUAUAGCUCCAGUAGGUCCAGAGAAUCUGCCCUCAGUUCCCUGAUCACCUAGUGGCUUCACAGUUUCCUGCUAAGCUAGAUCCCUGGGUGGCAGGUAGGCUAGUGGUUAGAGCGUUGGACUAGUAACCGAAAGGUUGCAAGAUUGAAUCCCCGAGUUGACAAGGUAAAAAUCUGUCGUUCUGCCCCUGAACAAGGCACUGUUCCUAGGCUGUCAUUGAAAAUAAGAAUUUGUUCUUAACUGACUUUCCUAGUUAAAUAAAGGUAAAAUAAAAUCCCCAGUCUACAAUCCCAGUAGGCCCAUAGCCCUAAUGUCCCCUAGCUCACAGUCUGUAGCCCAGUCCAGGCCCAAAGUUGCUAGCUCUGUCAGGCUAUCAGUCAGUCUCCUGAACCAGGGGUCCAGCUCUCUCCCAUCUUUGUGUCAUUUUCUCCCUCUCAGGUGUGCAGCUGUCUCCUGUCAUCAGAUCUCUACCUAUCGCUGUUGUGGGGAUCCAGCUGAUCUCAGCUCCUGACUUGCACAGUCCUUUCCUGUCGCUGACAUGGGUCUGGCUGUCUGCUGUCCUGAGAUCUCGGCCCGUGACUGCUGUGGUGAUCCAGCCCACCUCAGCUACAGUUUCGGAGCCCUCACCUGUUGUUGCUGCGGAGGCCCAGCUGAGCCCUCCUGCUGCGUCUUGGCCUCCUGAUCUAGGGCUUUCGUCUUGUUGCCCUGCGGAGGCCUAGCCUCCUGAUCCAGGGCCUCUGUCUGGUAGCUGCUGCCCGUUGCUGCUUCGUGGGUCCAGCCACCAUAGUAUCCACUCCUGAGACCAUCAUCAAGCUCUGCUGCAGCGGCCCUGAUGUCUCCAGUCCCGGUGUCCUCAGCCGACACCGUGCCAGGGGUCAAGAUCACUGCAGAGGUCCUCCUGUUGGCAUUUUUUGGGCAGAGGGGGUGACCGCCACCGAGUCCACCACUGCACCCUGUUGGCUCCCCUCUUCAAGAACUGCUGUACAGCCUGCACUGGUGUCCGCCAUGUCACUCUGGUUUGGUGACCUCAAGCACCUUCCUGACGGGGUGGCCAGAUGCAUAAAGAACCAAACCCUGCUUGGCCAGAUGCCUAUGCCCUAUGUCUAUGCCCUACGUGGCCAGACACUCAUAAGGACUGGACUUUUCCUUGUCUGGCUCUUUCACAACUCUGCUUCCCUGUUCAGGAAAAUGAACACACACUAGUGGCCUUCUGUCAUCCCCUUUGUUAUAGCCUAUUGUUUAGAGUUCACAUUUACACAGUAAAUGUGGGGGUGGCUGUUAGAAAGGCCAACUCUGAUUUAGUAGUUUCAGCACCCCUUUUCUAGUAGUUUAUUAUAUUUGCCCAACACCCCGUAUUUCUCACAGUAGUGGUACCUGGAAUCUGUUACAUUCCAGUCAGGUUUUCAGUUAUUAUGCUUACCAGUAUUUUGGUCCUGUAAGUGUAAUACUGUAGCUUGUGCAUUUGGUUUGGGCGCUUACAUUAUAUCAUGGUAUAAACAGUAUACUCAUGGUUAUAUAUUUUUAUCUUUCCAUAGAACCACUUUUAUACACUCUCACUUUUACUGUGAGCCAUCAUUACAGAGGAGUGUGGUGUGGUGAACCUUUAUCUUUAAUAAACCUGACAAUACUGUGAGCUCCAAAAGUAUUGGGACAGUGACACAUUUAUUGUUGUUUUGGCUCUGUACUCUAGCACUUUGGAUUAGAAAUGAUGGUAACACUUUACUUGACAGUUGUUAUGAUAUGGUCAUAAAACUGUCAUGACACAUAUAUUUAGACCUGUAAUGACAUAUAUUGCAUUAUUUUAUGGCUGGGUGAGACACCUACAACAGAGUGUCAUGUUUUGUCUUUGAUCAUCAUGUCUUGUCCCUGUGCUUCCCUCUGCUGGUCUUAUUAGGUUCUUUCCCUCUUUCUAGCCCUCUCUCUCCUCCUCCCUCUCUCCCUCUCCCGCUCUCUCUCUCUAUCGUUCCGUUCCUGCUCCCAGCUGUUUCUCAUUCUCCUAACGACCUCAUUUACUCUUUCACACCUGUCCCCUAUUUUGCCCUCUGAUUAGAGUCCCUAUUUCUCCCUCUGUUUUCCGCUUCUGUCUUUGUCGGAUUCUUGUUUGAGGUUUGCUGUUCUGUGUCCUUGUUCCGCCCUGUCGUGUUUUUGCCUUUGUCAGAUGCUGCGUGUGAGCAGGUGUCUAUGUCAGCUACGGUCUGUGCCUUCCUGAAGCGACCUGCAGUCUGUGGUCGCGUCUCCAGUCGUUCCUCUCUACUGACGAGAGGUUUUCAGUUUCCUGUUUUGGAUUUACCUUUGAUAAUAUCCAGGAGAAUCAUUGUUUGUUUAAGACUGGAAUAAAGACUCUGUUUCUAUUA